GGGCCCGAGGCAGAGGGUGGCGGCCGAGCGCAGGAGUCCGCGAGUCGGGCAAGUGUGCCGCCGGGCGCGGGGCGGGCGGCGAGCGGAGCCGGCCGGAGCGUGCCGGGCAGCGGCCGCCGCCGUCCCGGGCGCGGGCGGCAGGAUGGAGCUGAACUCCCUGCUGCUGCUGCUGGAGGCGGCCGAGUACCUGGAGCGUAGGGACCGAGAGGCAGAGCACGGCUACGCCUCGGUGCUGCCCUUCGACGGCGACUUCGCCAGGAAGAAAACAAAGGCGGCCGGCCUGGUGCGCAAGGCCCCAAACAACAGGUCUUCACACAACGAACUAGAAAAGCACAGACGAGCCAAGCUCAGACUCUACCUGGAGCAGCUUAAGCAGCUGGUGCCCCUGGGCCCUGACAGCACUCGCCACACUACGCUGAGCCUCCUGAAGCGUGCCAAGAUGCACAUCAAGAAACUGGAGGAGCAGGACCGGCGGGCACUGAGCAUCAAGGAGCAGCUGCAGCGGGAACACCGCUUCCUGAAGCGGCGCCUGGAGCAGCUGUCAGUGCAGAGCGUGGAGCGUGUGCGCACCGACAGCACUGGCUCUGCUGUCUCUACAGACGACUCAGAGCAAGAGGUGGACAUAGAGGGCAUGGAGUUUGGCCCUGGGGAGCUGGACAGUGCUGGCAGCAGCAGUGACACCGAUGACCACUACAGCCUGCAGAGUGGUGGCUGCAGCGAUGGCAGCUACAGGCGCCCAUGCCAGCGGCCUGGACGCCCUGGCCUCUCGUAGGCCCCAUGUCCUGUGCUCCUUGGCCUGCCAGACUGCCUGGCCAGGUGUGUCAGCCCUCAAGUCCUCCCUUGACCGUCGCCAGCCUCUCCAUGGGCCCACUGCUGUGCCAUUCUGGAAGUUCCAGCUGCCGCCUGGGCUGCCCGCCUCUGCCUGCCCCUCCCUGCUGGGCAGGGUCCCCUGCAGGGAGGCAGGGCCCAGCUCCCACUUCCUGGAGCUCAGCAUAGCCGCCCACAGUCUGUUCUCAGAUUUCUAAUCAUUCCAGAAGUAUUAAAUGUCAUUGCUGCAAACCUUGGCGGGCACCAUGUAAGGGGGCUUAAUAACCACCACUGGGAGCUUGGAACUCAACGCUAGAUCCCAGGAGAGAGGAGUGGACCGAGGAAGGAAGGUGCAGCUGUCUGUCCGUCCAUCCAUCUAUCUGUUGGUCCACACAAGCUCCUGAGGCAUGGAAGAGGGAUCCAUGAAGGGCGGGACUUGGGUGAGCACCUGGGCCAGGUGGGUGGAGAGAGGCCUUCCCCCCACAGCUCCUAAGGGCUGGCCAGGCUACCCCACACUGAGCUGGGCAGCUUCUGCUCUGUUAGGACCAUCAGACAUACACACGCAUGCCUAGGCUCACACCAUGCGCACACACUCAUGCAGACUUGUAGGCACUAGAGAGCAUUAGUCCUGAGAGGUUGGCCUUCAGGGGUCACCUGCAAAUGUUGGCCCCUGACCUGUGCCUGGCUCCCCUUCCAGCCCCUGCUCAUCUGCACUGCCCCAGUUAGCUCUGCCUGGUCUGUGCAGGAAAUGGGGCUUUUCUUCCUGGCAGGGGCUGAGAUGAACUGGGCAACAAGCUUCAGCCACUGGGUCCUCUGGGCUUUCUCAUCUCCCUUUGUUAAGAAAAGCCAAAAAAAAAAAAAAAAAAAAA